ACACUAUGUGUUGAACAUCUCUGAUGAUAUUGGGAACUUCGGCGAGGUCCGUCUCCCUAUUCUGGGCUGCCUGGCUGUUUCCUGGGUAGUCGUCUUUCUCUGUCUCAUCAGGGGUGUUAAAUCCUCUGGAAAGGUGGUGUACUUCACAGCCACGUUCCCGUACGUUGUUUUGACCAUCCUGUUCAUCCGUGGCAUCACCCUGGAUGGAGCCAUCAACGGCAUCAAGUACUACCUGACUCCACAGUGGCAGAAGGUCCUCGAUGCAAAGGUGUGGGGAGACGCUGCCUCACAAAUCUUCUACUCCCUGGGUUGUGCCUGGGGUGGUCUCAUUACCAUGGCUUCUUAUAACAAGUUCCACAACAACUGUUUCAGAGACAGCAUCAUCAUCAGUAUAACCAACUGUGCGACCAGCGUGUACGCCGGUUUUGUCAUUUUCUCCAUCCUGGGCUUCAUGGCGCACCACCUGAACGUCCCCGUGUCUGAGGUGGCCGACCACGGCCCAGGACUGGCCUUUGUGGCCUACCCAGAAGCCCUCACUCUGCUCCCCAUCUCGCCGCUCUGGUCGCUGCUGUUCUUCUUCAUGCUCAUCCUUCUGGGACUGGGGACUCAGUUCUGCCUGCUUGAGACCCUGGUGACGGCCAUUGUGGACGAGAUCGGCACAGACUGGAUCAUCAGGAACAAGACUGUAGUCACGUUGUCAGUAGCCAUAGUCGGUUUCCUACUGGGAGUGCCACUUACAACACAGGCAGGAAUCUAUUGGCUGCUGCUGAUGGACAACUACGCUGCUAGCUUCUCUUUGGUCAUCAUCUCUUGCAUCAUGUGCAUCUGCAUCAUGUAUAUUUAUGGUCACAGGAACUACUUCAAAGAUGUCGAGAUGAUGUUGGGCUUCCCUCCUCCUCUCUUCUUCAAAGUCUGCUGGAGAUUCAUCUCCCCCGUCAUUAUCUCUUUCAUCCUGAUCUUCACUGUGAUCCAGUACAAGCCCAUCACCUACAAUGACUACGUGUAUCCCGGCUGGUCCUUGGCUAUCGGCUUUGCCAUGGCUCUGUCCUCAGUGGUCUGCAUACCGGUCUACGCCCUCUACAAGAUCUCCAGGUCCCCAGGAGCCACCUUUAGAGAGAGGUUGAAGUACGCAUGCCGAUCGCAUCCAAAGUGGGGCCCUGCCCUGCAGGAGCACCGGACAGGCCGCUACGCCCCCAUGGCCUCUGAAGACACUGUGGAGGCCCGUCCCCUAAAGGAGAAGGAGGAGCUGAAGGAAGAGCAGAAGGAGGAAGAGAAGGAGAAGGAGAAGGAGAGGAAGGAUGAGAUCAGCCUCACCAUCCAGGGAAGCAACGGCUCCACCAACACACACAACAACCCCAACCCCAGCGCAUAG